GGUUCGGCACCAGCCCGGCCCCGCCGCCCUCAGCCGGGGCUCGGUCCUGGCCCGGCCCCGCCGCCCCUCAGCCGGGGCUCGAAGGGAAGUACACAUUUAGACAAUUCAGUAGCUAUGAUAAAAGGCAAGAAGAAAGAUGCCAAGAAGAAAGAUGCCAAGAAGGGUGGUAAGAAGGCAACUGGUGAGAAGUCAGAAGGAUCUCUAGCUGCUACAGCUGAGAGUAGCUUAACAGCGCUGGCAGAUUUGCAGAAUGAGAGAGUGAGUGAAGAAACUCAGGCAAUUCCAGAAGCACCAGAGCCAGGGAAGGAACCACCAGUCGAGCCUGUUCCCCCAAUCCACGAGGAGCCUCUUCUUGCUCAAGUGAUUGUAGAAAGUUAUGAAGGUGAACAAGUUGAUGAAUUCUAUGAGGGCGAAGGAUUUAUCUGUUUUGAGGGAGGAAAUACAUACAAGGGUCUAUUUUCUGGAGGGUGUAUGAAUGGAGAAGGAACUUACACGUGGGCUGAUGGAGUAAAGUACGAGGGAACAUUUACUAAGAAUGUGCUGAUGUGUACUGGCCGUUAUACCUGGAAUGAUGGCAGUGUUUACGAAGGAUCAAUCCAAGAGGGACUUAGGCACGGAUAUGGAAUUUUCAGGAGUGGUACUCAUCCAAUUUCUUACGCUGGUUAUUGGUGCAAUGGCAAAAGACAUGGAAAGGGUACAAUUUGUUAUGAUCAGGAGCAGACCUCCUGGUAUUCGGGUGAUUGGGUAAAUAAUGUCAGAGAAGGAUGGGGAGUGAGACGCUACAGGUCUGGAAAUACCUAUAAAGGUCAGUGGAAGAAAAAUCUACGACAUGGAUAUGGACAAAUGAAAUGGCUGACAGAUAAUCAAGAGUAUGUAGGACAGUGGGAGUGUGGCAUGCAGCAUGGUUAUGGCAUCCACACAUGGUUUUUGGAGAGAAUGGAAAUGUCUCAGUAUUCUCUACGGAAUGAAUACAUGGGUGAUUUUGUAAAAGGCAAGCGCCAUGGACAUGGGACGUUUAUUUAUGCUGGUGGAGAAAUAUACAGUGGAGGAUGGGUGCAUAAUAAGAAGCAUGGCAUGGGCACAAUUAUCUUCAAGGACGGGCAUGGUUUUCAAGGAAAGUUUGUCAAUGAUCAUUUGGUGUGGUGUCCUGUUCGUCAAGAGACUGCUGUGAAAGCCAAAAACCUGAGGGCCACUAGCAAAAGAGAGCAUUCUGAAAAGACCACAACCAUUAAUGCCUUGGGAAGGACUUCUAUUCUGGGAUCAGAUAUUGAUUUGAAGGUAUUUCUACUGCUUGACUUGUUGCCAAGGGAAGACAGAGAGAAAGAAGUGGAACAGGCAGAAAUAGCUGUGUUGAAGCAUAUUUCAAAACUGAGAAAAGUCUACUACUUCUACAGUACCUUAGGCUGCAGUCCUUCUCCUGACGGCACUCACCUCAUGACUAGGCUGAAGUUCUGGAGGUUUCUGAAGGACUGCGAGUUUCAUCUCUCCUCCAAAACUCUCGCUGAGAUGGAUCGGCUCCUGAGAGAUGAUAAAGCACUUAAGAAAAUACAUUGUCCAGAUGAGAUAAUUCUGUUUGGAACAUUUGUAUUCUACCUUCUUUGCCUGGCAUUUCAUAUCUAUCAUGAAGAGUUCAAAGACAAAGUUCCUCGUCUGCAGAAUUGUUUCCUAGAAAUGAUGGCCAGGAAUGUUCUGCCCUCUGCCUGUCAUGUCCAAGGUAUCUUAUAUUCUGGUGUAGAAUUCACAUCUUUUGCCAUGAGCUACUUUGACAAAUGCUGGGAAAUAUAUGAAGAUUUUUGUAGACCAAGUCCUAGACCUCCAUUUGAACCCACAGUGAAGCUGAGGCAAUUCCUCUGGAUGUUGGAUGAUUUUAAACUUCUCAGCGAAGAAUUAACUGCUCCAAGAGUUUUGGGAAUUUUUGUCAAAGUUGGUGCCUUUGUACCUGGCAUCCAUGAUGUCAACUUUGAGCUGGAGAUGGUUUUUCUGGAAUUUUUUGAAGCUCUUCUUGAAUGUGCAUUGGUGUAUGUAACCGAGGAUAUGAUCCUGAAGAAAGAAGCUCAAGAUAAUCAGAAAAAAAGUAGCUUGGAAAUCAAGGAGUUCUCCAAGGAAACCUCAGCGGUGUCUCCCACAGAACAUUCUCUUUCCCAGCCACCAAGACCUUGUGAAGACACAAAGCUUGCUCAUCACUCUUCUCUACUGGAAACUCUUCUCUCAUUUCCUGUAACUCCUGGAGAAAGCAAAGAUGAUGUGUCAUUGCCCACCAAGGAUGUAAAAGAAGACCAAGAUUUCCUUCUAGAAAAGGAACUGUCAGAUGAGGCAAAAGAAGAUAAAGACGAACAAAAGGAGCUAUUUAGUUUCUGGAUACGUCAGGUGGAAACUUUUUUCACAACUAAGUUCUUCCCUGCUUUUGAGCAUGAAAGAGUGCUGAGGGAUAAAAUAAAAGAAAACAAAAAGCAGGAUGCUGAAUUAGCUGGGCUGAGAAAGACGCAGGCUGAGGAGCUGGAAAGACUUAUUGCUGAAAAAGAAGUAGAAGAGGCAAAAAGGCGAGAAGCAGCUCUGUUAGAGGAGAGAGCCAAGUCCAGAGGACAAGUCUCAAAGAAAGACAUGUCUAGGAAGAGAGUCCUCCCCCGGCCAGGUCUCUAGCUGGGGAAAGAGGCACCCAAGAGAGAACCCUCACCAAAGAAAAGAGGCCCACAAGGCAGCAGAGCCUGAGGAGGAAGAGGCAGAGAAGGCAGCACCCACAGGUACCAAGGCACCUGCUGACAGAAGAAGAAAGAAAUCCUCUGCUGGCAACUGCUGAAGCUUCAAGCAAGUAUUCUUCAAAUAAGGAAAAAAAAAUAAAAACAAAGCAAAACAUCCCCAGACAAUCAACAAUUAUAGGAAGCUGUAAGAAUAGUUCAACAGUAUGCACAAGACUUGUGAAUGCUGGUUUCAGAGGGAACAGUCUUUUACACCAGGGUUUGGGGUAAAGUAGCAGGAAGUUACAUGAUGCAAAUGAACACAGAUGCUCCUAAAGUGUAACAAUUAUUAGUUUUAUUU